AGAGCGACGAAGCAUCGGGGUCGCGCUCAUCUGUUUAGCAAAUGUGGUAACAGGCCGAUCAUCAGUAUGUGGGACCCGGGACCCCGAGGAGGGAUUGACCCUGAGCGACCGAGGAGGUUCAUUCCGGGAUAAAGAAACACAUUUUAGUCCGGGUAACAACAAGCAGCUCCCCGCAGAGGAGGCGCUGUUUGCUGGGAUUCAAUCACAGCCUCUGAGUCGCGGCUUAACUACAGGAGACGAGUUUAUAAUCUGGAUCCAGCUCCACUGCACGAAUGAUGGAUGAAAUGUCGAUUAGCAGCCGGUCCGGGCAGCCUAACCCUGGCAGAGCAGGGGGGGUUCAUCCGGAGUGAGAUCCCGAUUUUCCGCUCCUCCCAAUGUCCACUUUCUCCCUGCAGACCGUGGUUUCAGCACCACUGGAGCUGGACAGCGACUGCAUGGAACCCCGCGCGGCGGGACCGCACGAGCCCGGCUUCCAGGCUCGCUCUCUGGGGCACGCGGGCUCCGGAGGCCUCGGUAUGGCCCUCGAGGAGGAACUGGCCAUGCUGACAGGAGACCGGGACGACCAGGAGGAGUUACCCGACCAGGAGACGCCUUCGCCGGGGCAAAACGCAGACCUGCUGUCGCUGUUCCGUCAGAAGGAGAAAGACUUGGUUUUAGCUGCUAAACUCGGCAAAGCACUGCUGGAGAGAAACCAAGACUUGACCAAGCAAUAUGAGAAAAUGCACAAAGAUCUCAACGAGAAAUUGGAGCACUUGGAGCAGGAGAAGCACGAGCUGCGCCGGCGUCUGGAGCGUCGGGAGGGCGAGUGGGAGGGCGGCGUGGCCGAGCUGGAGGCCGACGUGCAGCAGCUACAGGGAGAACUGGAUCAGAACCAGCUGCAGCUGAGGGAGGCCGAGAGGGACAAGAGCACGGCCAUCAGAGAGCUGUCCAAUCAGAACCACCGGCUGCUGGAGCAACUCAGCAGGGCUGCAGAGGUGGAGAGGCAGCUGUCCACUCAGGUGAACUCUUUACGGGAUGACUUCAGGGAGCAGAGCCUGUCCAGCAGCGAGCACACGACCCGACUGGAGAGUCUACAGGCGGAGCAAGGGCUAGAAAUUAAGAUGCUGGCGGAGAGGAAGAUGGAGCUGGAGCGGCGGCUGCACGCCAUGCUGGAGGAGAACGAGCUGCUGCAGAGCUCCGUGGACGAGCUGAGGGAGAGGACCAUGCUGCUGGAGAGGCACAGCCACCACAAGGACCUGCAGCUGCGUCAGAGCCACGCAGAGCUGCAGGAGGCCCAGCUGUCUCACCGGCAGCUGAGCGUCCGGCUGCAGCAGCUGACGGAGGAGCAGAGCCUGCUGCCCCCCUCCUCCAGCCUGCUGUGUGAGAUCGAGCAGAGCAUGGAGCAGGAGGAGCAGGAGCAGGAGAGGGAGCAGCUGCGCCUCCAGCUGUGGGAGGCGUACUCUGAGGUGCGCUCGCUCUGCUCUCACCUGCGGGGGAACGACCUCACCGACUCGGCGCUCUCCACCGACUCCUCCAUGGACGAGUCCUCGGAGACGUCCUCAGCCAAAGACGUUCCCACGGGAAGUCUCCACACCGGACUGCUGGAGCUCCGGAGACUCACCCAGAACCUGCUGGACGGAAACGAGUCCACGGGGUCGCGGCGCAGCGACGAGGAAGCAGUGGAGGAGGUGAGGAGGCUAGGUGAGGAGCUGAGGGAGGUGAGAGAUCUGUACGAGGAGGAGCAACACAAAACACACAGCAACCAGGAGGAGGUGCUGCAGCUGCACAACCAGGUGGCGCUGCUCUCCGUAGAGAUGCUCUCUUUACGAGAAGACAACGAUCGGAUCAGGACAAUGUCUGAAGUCCGAGAACCGAGCGAACAGCUGCAGACGGCCAUCAGAGACCGGGACGACGCCAUCGCCAAGAAGAAGGCGGUGGAGAUGGAGCUGGCGAAGUGUAGGAUCGACAUCAUGUCUCUGAAUAGUCAGCUGCUGGACGCCAUCCAGCAGAAACUCAACCUGUCUCAGCAGCUGGAGGCCUGGCAGGACGAUAUGCACCGAGUGAUCGACCAGCAGCUGAUGGACAAGUAUCAGGACGAGUGGCGCCCCCCCCCCCUCGGUGUCGGGGCCCCCCCCCCGGCGCCUCGUCAUCAAGGCGCGCCCAUCGCUUCUCCGACCGUGACAGGAGACUUUUCUCUUUUUUCAAAAAGAGCUGAGGGGGAGGACAUAAAAGACGACGAGGAGAGGCAGGAAGUGACAUCACAGGGGGUAAAAACAGCCAAAGACAGGCAGCGGCACACUGAGGUUUUAUAGGGGGGAAAAAAGGGGGUCAUUUUGCACUUUAUCUGUGUCAUUAACAUAGAGAGGUGCAGGUUUGAAGUCAGACCCUGAAGGCAGCAUCUCCCUGGUCCAAUGGGAUUUCUCCAUGUGAUUUUGGAUUGUUUCAGAUAAUAAUCUCAACGUUUAUGAUACUAACACGUUAAAUUCAGCAGGAUAAUCUCCAUAUAUUAACACCCCUUUAUGAUUUAUAAAGUAAAAAGCUAACUUAAGGCUAUAAAGGAACCACAGCACGGUCACAUGACUUCACGUCACCACCGCUAAGCUAAAGGUGGCUAAUGUUGGGCUAUAAAUUAACUACAGCACGGUCACA